AUGGCGACACCCACACCAUCCCCCACAUCGAAACACUUCAACCUAACGACCACUCAAGAGGAGAAUGCAAUCGAAACGGACUUGGCCCUUCCUGGCAUCAAGCGUGGUAUUGCUAUUGGAGUAGCGUGCUCCGUAUCGAUCGUCGUUAUCGCUAUUCUUGCUUUCUUUGCGAUCAGACGAAGGAACCGUGUGCUGGCUCGGAGAGCACAGCUCCAGACCACAAAGAGAGAGUCGAUGGAUGCCGAAGCAGGACAGCAGGAGAAAGCUUGGUAUUCUACGUCCGCCUCGUCACCACCGCUGCCAACACCACCACCGCCGCCUGUUGAAGCCGAUGCUCGGAUCAUCUACGAAUUGGAUGCAGGCCAGAUACCAGAACUGCACGGCGAUACCGCUGCGCAAGAAGUGGAGGGAAAUGGCAACGUUCACGCCAGGACAGAAGCGGAGGAACUGUACGUUCAAAAGCUCGAGCAAUGGAGGACUUGGAGCAUGGCACUGGAGCCGAAUACCACGAGCCAUACCACCGAACCCGUACGCGCUCCUGUACCGCUGCUAAUGGUCUCACCACCUGAGGCUUCUCCUGGUGGAGUCUCGCCGUUGCAGCGCCUGUCAAGGGACUACACCCCGCAGGACGGUUCGCCAGUAUCACCGCCUCCAAAUGUUCAUUUCCCAUCGGGUCAUCGCGAGUACACCAAUCAUUGA